AUGCCCUCUGUGUCUUUUGCCUCCGACCCUGCCAAUAGGGGAGGUGGGUCUGGAGGGGGAGGAAAUGGCGAAGGAGGAGGCGGGGGAGAAGAGGCCCAAUUACGGGUUCCUCAAAUGCCUCAGAUAGCUCGGGGCUUCUCUCUCGUUCCAGAACGUCUGGGCAGUAAGGGAAACAAUCCUGGCGGCGGAUCUAGCAGCAAUCCCUCCAAACAGAGACAAGGAAAUAAAGGCAUGUUUGGAUGUGAAGCCGCUAUCCGCAUUCUCGCCUACUUUGCUGUGCUCGUGACACUCCCCUUCUCUCUGGUGAUGUGUCUUAAGGUGAUUGCCCAAUACGAGCGCGCUGUGGUGUUUCGUUUGGGUCGACUUGUCUCCGAGAUCCCCAAGGGACCAGGUCUAGUGUUCAUUCUCCCCUGUCUGGAUAAUGUCAAGACCAUCGAUUUGCGCACGUUCACAUUCAACGUGCCUACACAGGAAGUUCUCACCAAAGAUUCUGUGACAGUGGCAGUAGAUGCUGUUGUCUACUACAGGAUUUUUGAUCCUGUAAUGUCUGUAGUCAACGUAGAGGAUGCGAAUCGUUCCACGCGUCUCCUGGCCCAAACUACGUUGCGGAAUGUUUUAGGUACCGUCGAUUUGUACCAACUACUGACGGCACGAGAACAGAUCGCGCAUUUGAUGCAGGACUGUCUAGACACUGCAACAGAAACAUGGGGUGUAAAAGUCGAACGCGUGGAUAUUAAGGACGUCCGUCUGCCCAUCCAGCUUCAACGCGCUAUGGCGGCUGAAGCCGAGGCAGCCCGAGAAGCAAAGGCUAAAGUGAUCGCCGCAGAAGGUGAACAAAGAGCCUCAGUUGCUUUGAAGGCAGCAGCUAUGGAGAUUGGCGAAUGUCCAAUUGCGCUGCAGCUGCGCUAUCUACAGACCCUCUCCAGUAUCUCCGAUGAGAAGAACUCGACAAUUAUUUUCCCUCUGCCCAUAGAUCUUUUGAGCCUCUUCCACCAGGCCUAUACCUCCAAUCUCUCCUCAGCGGGCCAUCCACCAAGCGAAGGCACACUACACAGCGAGGAUCUUCCACCACCGCCGCCGCAGAGAGCCUCUGUGGUUCAUCAGAAAUCCACCACAGAUACUCUCGAGGAGGCACUCAUUUAA